AAAUAAUUUCAUCUUUAAAACCUUGUCCCCAUUUAUCGUUCCUUCGCUCAUAAUCGAUGAUACAUAGCUUCGAACUCGUUCACCUUCCCUCCCAAUCAUCUAUGAGUCCCCUAAUUGUGUAACGAGCACCGAUAGGUGAAAAUGGUGGGAGUUGGUGGACGAAGACUACGACACUCGAAGAAUCACCGUGCACACGAUCAGUUCUUGUAUCGCCACGGUUACGGCGAAACUCUUCUGUCGCGAGAUGCUCGUGUCCAUGCAAAUGUUCUUGUUCACCGCACUGUUCCUCGGAGUUUUCGGUAUCAACAGGGAACCCCACGGCCCGAUCCAAGAAGCCAUCCAGAAUGGUGUCGCGGCGCGUUACAACAAGGAAAAUUGCAUCUGGAGACGAGGGAAUGACAAAGAUUCGUGCCCCGAUCCGGACGUUCGAAUCUAUCUUUACACGAAUGAUAAACCGAGACGAGAACUCGACUCGAGGGAGUCGGAUUGGCUGCGUCAGGACUAUGAUCCAACGAAAGAAAAUGUUCUUCUUAUACACGGAUAUGCAGGUGGUGACGACACCCUGCCUAUAUCCGUUCUUCGCGACGCCUACAUACGAAACGGCAGCUACAACGUGUUCCUGGUCGAUUGGGGUGCCCUUUGCCCGUCACCUUGUUACCCGGCAGCCGUAUCGAAUCUUCGUCCAGUUGCUCGUUGUCUCGCAGCCAGCCUGACCACCUUACGAAACCUGGGUCUACCUAUCUCGAGGACAACCUGCGUGGGACACUCGUUAGGCGCCCAUAUCUGCGGGAUUAUGGCGAACUUUCUACUGUUCAGGAUGCACAGAAUAAUCGGUUUAGACCCGGCUCGACCCCUCGUACGUCCUGGAUACGUAAAUCGGUUGGACAGCGGUGACGCGGACUUCGUCCAAGUGAUCCACACGAACGCCGGAUAUUACGGGGAGGGUGGGCGCAUGGGCCACGUGGAUUUUUGCGUGAACGGUGGAAAAGUGCAACCAUUCUGCGAGAACAAACCGAAUUAUCAACUGUGCAGUCACGUCUGGGUCGUUUGUUACAUGGCAGAGAGCAUCGACAAUGGGGGCCAGGAUUCGAUGGCCGAGCCGUGCACGAGGAGGUGUCCUUCCGGACCGAGAAUCGCUCUCAGAGCCGGCGAAUAUGUGACUAUGGGGCAGCACACACCGCUCGGAACCAGGGGCUCUUUUUGCUUCACCAGCAAGUAUCCACCUUACUGUCCUAAAUAUAGGAACGGGCACGGUGACGAGAGAUGUUGCGUACCGGAGGACAAGCCUGUCACGUUCUAGUGACAACGAGAAAGUUAUUGUAAGUUAUUGUAAGAAGGAUACAA